AUGGGUAACAAACAGACAAUUCUAAAGGAAAAAGGCUACACCCUGGUGAAUGAACAGGAGAAUAUGUUCCUGGUGAAAAAUAAAAGUGGAGAUCAGUUUGUCAUUAAAAAGCUGAAAGCUGACCAGGAAGCUUUCUCAAACUUUCUCAAACAGCUCAGUCAUCCACACAUAGUUAAGCAUGAGGAAAUCAUCACAGACACUGACAGCUUAUAUCUUGUAUUGGAGCACUGUGAAGGUGGAGAUCUCAUUCAGAAAAUGGAGGAAACAGUGACAUUUUCUGAGAAUGAGGUUCUGGACUGGACUGUGCAACUAUGCAUGGCUUUAAAGUACCUGCAUGAUCAACAGAUCCUACACAAAAAUCUGCAGCCCCAGAGCAUAUUUUUCACUGCAUGUGGGAACAUUCAUCUUGGAGAGUUCAGAGCGAAUUAUAAUUGUUUACAGCAAGCAGCACAAUUGAGAUUGUUAGAAAAAAUUCUUACAUGUUCCUAUGAAUCUCUCCCUAAGACCUUCUCCGAUGACCUUUGCCAAUUGGUAAUUGACAUAUUUCAGACCGAUCCAGCGAGGCGCCCAUCUAUCAGUGAGAUUUUGACUAGGCCUUUUAUCAUUAAACAUCUUUAUGAAAAGAGCAAAGAAACUAUUGAAGAGCUUUAUAAGACUCUAAGUGAACUAAGAGGCCUGGCUGAUGAUUUGGAGAGAGUCCAUUUCAACACAACCGUCAGCAGUCUUGCAGGAGGUGUAGUAGGAUUGGCUGGAGGAAUCACAUCUGUGGUUGGAGCUAUUCUCGCUCCUUUCACUCUUGGAGCGUCUCUGAUAGUGACGGGAGUGGGAAUCGGUGUAGCAGUCGCUGGUGGAAUUGCAUCUGGUGCCAGCAACAUAGCAAAGGUGGUUAACCAGUGUUCAAACCGCCAAAAAAUCAAAAGGAUGAUAACAGAGUUCCAGGAAAAAAUUACCUCCACAAUUUGCUGCAUCCAAAACAUCUCAACAGCAUUGGAAAUGCUAAAACUAAAUUGUUCCACAAGCAAUGAGUCUUUUUCAAAUGCACAAUCUGGGGCGCAUGCUGGAGCUCAACUUGGACGAGGGCUGGGAGGGAUUUCAGAGCUUGUACGUUUAACUCAAGUCGCAAGUGUUGGGAGAGCUGCAGCUCAGACAACAAGAGCAGUUCAUGUGGCUGGAGCAGCAACAGGAGUUUUGGCUGGACUUUUUGUAGCUGUUGACGUCUUCUUUGUUUUUCUUGACUCUAGAGAAAUUUACAACAUCCGAAAAGCUUUUGGUUCAAGACAGCAUCAGCAGAAAUCAAACUACUCAGAAAACAAUUCCACUAGCAACCAAAUUGCUAGUUCUGCUGACAAGUCAGCCAAUACUCUAUCAUCACAAGACGAAGAGCUGAAGUCUGAGACCAUGAAAUUUGUGAAAAAAAUAAGACAAACAGCAGAUGAACUUAAAAUAAUUCUAGAUAAGCUACGAGAUGCAAUACACCCAAAACCUCAAAAAGAACAAAAUGAUUGCUACUUGUUUGGUUUACUUGUGUUUUUGUUAUAUGUGUUUUUUAUAUUCACUGAAUACUUUUAG